AUGGAAUGGUCGCUGCCCCACGAUGUCGUGGAGCUCAUCAUGGAGAGACUUCCGGUGAAUCCUUUGCUGAGAUAUAAGGCUGUAUCAAAGCAAUGGCAAACAACGAUCGAAUCACCAUUCUUCAAAGAAAGACAGUUGAAGCAUCGCCAGCAAACAGGAGAUCCAGAUGUUCUCAUGGCGUGCAGACAUCCUUACGGUAUUAAAAACCAGGACACAGAACCACUAAGAACCCUUGUGUUGGGUUCAUCAUCAUCGGUCGAGAUCCCUAUUCCUUGGGAGCAGGAGAACACACUACUAUUUUUAAAUUAUAAGAGUAGUUGUGACGGUCUUGUUUGUUUCAACUGUGUCCGUAAACCCGCUUUUGUGAUCAAUCCCACCACUAGAUGGCAUCGGACUCUUCCUCUCUGCAAAUUACAACAACUCGUAGCCGACUUAGAUGACACCGUGGACAAGUUUGAAUUCUCAUUCUAUAAUGUUGGAUUCGGUAAAGACAAAUUCACGGGCACAUACAAGCUCGUUUGGCUAUACAGCUCUGGCCUAGAACAAGAUGCUAAUACUAUAUGCGAGGUUUUUGACUUUAGCACUAACGCUUGGAGCUAUGUCACUCCUGCUCCUCCUUAUGGGGUUAUUGAUCCUGUGUAUGCAGAUGGGUCGCUUCAUUGGUUCGUAGAGCGGGAAGAAACCAAACUUGUAUCUUUCGAUCUUCACACUGAAGCUUUUCAAGUCGUUUCUAAAGCUCCCUUUGCCAUUAAUUUACAUCCUUAUGACAUCGUCAUGUGCAACCUGGACAACCGCUUGUGCGUAUCCGAGAUGAAGUGGCCUAACCAAGUGAUAUGGUCCUUUAAUUCAGGCGACAAGACAUGGAACAAAAUGUGUUCCAUAGAUUUCGAUUUAGUUUCUCCCUUGUUUAAUAUUCCUCAUGACAAAGUGAGUAUCUUGCCACUAGCACUUUUGGGUAAGGAGAAGAAGAAGUUGCUGUUUUGUCUUCGUGAUUUCGGUCAAACACUGUUGAUACAUGAUCUCGUAACAAAAUCAUAUGAAGCUGCUUUCCUUGCUGAUUUCAUCGUCUAUCCUGUUUGUUAUUUCCCUAGUCUAAUCUCUAUUUAA